GCAGCCCCAUAAUGCUGGUCGAAGCAGUCACAGCCACCAACCUUCCAGAUAGUGUCCUCCUUGCGCGUUGCUUCCCACUGCUAUCGUCUCCAUUUGCUGCUACUGCUCUGCCGGAUCUGCCAAUGGAGACGGUGGAAGACCCCACCCUGGAGCCUGCGAUUGGGUGGCUUGCCGACACCAUCCUUGCAAAUCUUCCAGCCGGCGGCAAGCUGGACUGGUGGAUCCACCAAGCUGGCCUUGGCAACGAAACCAUGAAGCUCAAGGCCGAGGUCGAGGCAGUGGAGAUGGUGGUUUCUGCUGUGCAGGGGAGGGCGGCCGGAAACAAGCCGCUGACCCGAUCUCUCGCUCGUCUCAAGGAGCUGCUCUACGACGCCGACGAUGUGGUCGACGAGCUCGACGGCUACAGGCUCAAGCAGGAGCUCGAGCCAGAGACACUGCUCCAAACGGAUGGACAUGCUGGAGCGCAGCAAGUUGAGAGAUCUAGAGAAAAUGAUGACGAUGUACAGAGCAGCGGUAAUAGCAGGUUACAAUCCAAGGAAUGGAAUCACUUCGAAAUCACAGAGUUUGAACAAAACGGAGGGCGUGCCAGAGCAAGAUGUAAGAGCUGUCAAACAGAGGUUAUGUGCGAAACCAAUAAGGGGAUAUUAGUUUUGCGCAAUCAUUUCAAAAGCAAAGGUUGUCACGAGAAACGUGGAGCAAGUGACCCUUCUUCAAGCACCACUGAUGCUACUACAGUUCCUAUGCCUAUUGCAACUGGCAAUUCGUUCAGCAGAGAAAGGAUGAGAACCGGUCAGGAGUCAACACACAUCACCGCAGCUAACCCAAACGGGUGGAACAAGGACGAAUUUUCCGAAAGGAUACAAGACAUUACUUGUCAGCUGCAAGAUGGAUGAGAGGCUAUCACAAGGCUUCUCAACAUACUUGGGUCCGGUGGUGCAAUUUCAAAUGCCUGUCAGAGUACAAUCUCAGAUCCAUGCCUAAGAACAUCAAGUCUUGUUCAAGGGAAAGUGUAUGGGAGAGAUGAAGAGAAGAGAUCCAUCAAAUCACUGAUAAAAGAACACAAAGCAACUGUCGGCUUAACUGUUCUGCCUAUUGUAGGCAUCGGAGGAGUUGGGAAGACAGCUCUUGCUCAGUUUGUAUACAAUGA